AUGAACGAUUCGUUCGACGACCAAGAGAACGCGGAACAAGACGCGCUCGAGAAGCCGGCGCCCGGCGCCCUCGAUGCGCACCGCGCCAUCGCGCGCGAGUACAACCUGCGCGCUCAAAAGGUGUACUCGCGCGGCGGCAGCAUCGCCUUUAUCGCCGCGGCCAUACCGAUCGGCCUGGGGUGGUGGUUUUCCAGGUUGCUCACGCCCACGCCCUGGGUGCUCGCGGUGCUGCUCUUCCUCGUGACGCUCUACUUCGUGCGCGCCAGGAUUCGCGUCCACCUCGCCAGGCUCGGCCAGGAGUUCGCGCGCUAUUGCGAGACCAAUGAACUGGCGCCCGGUGGCUGGCUGAUGAUUCCGAUCAUCACCUGCUCCAUCAUUGGCCUCGCCAUCUUUCUCGAGCGCCUCUGGCACCUCCAGCGCACGAAGAUCCUUCCGGCGCGCUUUCUGGAGGUUGUCUCCAGGCUGCUCCAGGAGGGGCGCUUCGCCGACGCCGAGGCGCUCUGCCACCAGAACGAGUCGCCGGUCGCCGCCGUGCUCGGCGCGGGGAUUCGCUACGCCGGGCAGGAUCGCGAGCUCAUCAAGGAGGUCAUGGAAGAGACCGGGCGCCGUGAGAUCUACUUCAUGGAGCGCUUCACCAACGCGCUCGGCUCCAUCGCCACGAUCGCGCCACUGCUCGGCUUGCUCGGCACCGUCAUCGGCAUGAUCCGCAUGUUCCAGCGCGUCGUCGGCGCCGCUCAGGAGUCCCAGAGCAUGGUCGACGUCGGCCUGCUCGCCGAAGGGAUCUGGCAGGCGCUCAUGACCACCGCCGCCGGGCUCACCGUCGCCAUCCCCGUCUACCUCGCCUACCGCUAUGUCCUGAGCCGCGUCGAUCGCUACGCCAUCGAGAUCGAGGACGUCGGCCUGCGCGCCGUCGAGAUGCUCGUCCCCAACGGUCAGGCGCCCGUGGAUCGCGAGGAAAAACGCGCCGACGCGAAGGAUGUCAGCGACGCGGAUGAAGACGCCGAUGAUGAAGAGGACGAGGAGGAUGUCAAAGGACUCUCCGCCGCGGAGCAAGCGAGCCAGGCGAGCGCGCGUGAGUCCGCGAUCCCGAUCGAGCUCCCCGAGGCAUCGAGCGGCUCCGAGGAUGUCAAAGGCGAUCCCCUCACCCUCACCGUCAACGACGAGGGGGAUGUGGUGAUCGAGGGCGGACCUGAACUCAGCGGCGGCUCCAUCGAGGAGAAGUUGCUCGAUCUGCACAAGAAAGAUCCCAACGCGCAAAUCCUACUGCGCGGUGAUCAGGCCGCAUCACACGGUCGCGUCAUUCAAUUGCUCAGCGUCGUCAAAUCGAUCGGCUUCAAGCGCGUCGACCUCGUCGUCUCGAGCCCCAAGGCGCCAGAGCCCUGA